AUGCCGCUCAAUACUCACAUCAUCAUCCUUUUGGUCUCUGUGACAUCCCAUUGCCUCGCAUUUCCAAGCAUCUGGCCCCGUGCUGAUAUACCCCUUCCCGAUGGCAUGCCCAAUCCCAGUGAAGAGCAGUUGAAGAAAAUCCAGCUAAGAGCGCAUGGCACUUUACCAAACACGCCCCUCCCAUCAAAGAUCAGCAAGGAUGGAAUUACCAAUCUCCAGCUAAUAGCGUUCAAUGAGCUGUUUGAAGUUGCCUUCUACAACGAACUACUCCUGAACAUCACGAAGAACGUACCUGGUUAUAAAAUUCCAAACCCCAAGAAACGAGAUUUCAUAGUCGAAUCCCUAGUAGCCAUACUCACUCAAGAGGAACUCCACGCCUUAACCGCCAAUCAAGGCCUCGAACACUUCAAAAUAGAGCCAGUCCAACCAUGUCGCUAUUAUUUCCCCGUCUCAGACUUCGACUCAGCCAUAGCCCUAGCAGCGACCUUCACCGACCUCGUCAUAGCCACAUUACAGGACGUAAUCGUGCGAUUCGCAGACAACAGCGACGUCGACCUCACCCGGGUCAUCGCCGCGACAAUCGGCAACGAAGGAGAACAACAAGGCUGGUUCCGAGUCAACCAGGGCAAAAUCCCCAGCGAACUCCCGACGCUAACAACCGGCGAUUUAAAUUUCGCCUUCACAGCGGUCCAAGCCUUUACCAUUCCGGGGUCUUGUCCGAAUUUGGAUGAUAUCGCGUUAACGACGUUCAAGUCGCUGGAUAUUCUCACGCCACCGGAGCCGAAGACGCAGUUUAUUCUCGUUAGUUGGGAAUCGGAGUACGAGGUGAAGGGGGAUAAGCUGUGGCUGACUUAUGUCAACCAAUUGAAUGUUCCUAUUGUGGAGGAGUUGAAGAUCGUGUCGCGUAAAGAUGGUAAAAAGGUUGUCGCGAAGGCUCUCUUCCCGUACCAUGAGAAUCUGAUGAACGGGUUGACUAUCGCGGCUGUGACGAAAAGUGCUGGGCCUUUUGCGGGUGUUACUGAUGUUGCUCAGGAGACGCUAUAUGGGCCUGGUUUGAUUAUUGUUAAUUAG